CGUCAUUUCGUUUGUGAAUUGUAUUCAAGACUCUAGACUUACAAAAUUCUUUGUAUCCUUGAAUCUUUUUUUUCAGUUUAGAUGUGUUUGGUAAACCUUCAGUUUUAUAAUUUACACAUUUCGUAAAUAUUAUGAGGCAUUAACCGUAUCCACUCUCUAAUAUUUUACAAGUUUGGAUCGAAAAAAGUUAUUUUUUACGUUUCUGGGACAAAGUCAAGAAUGCGUAGAUAGUAAGUGGCCUCCAUGAAGUAAUUAGACGCAUAAAACAAUAAAUGGUGUUAUUUACAAACGGGAUAAAAUGGCUCACUUCGGAAGACGUGGUGUUACGUAUAGCGCGCUAAACAACGAAGUUACUCCACCUUUGGCGAGCCUGGCUGAGACUCCACAUGCACUCCCUGCCAUGGUCACCUUGGACCAUGAGCACGAGGACACCACCAACGUGAUAAUCCACAAAGUACCCAAAACCAAAGGAGGAUGGACACACAUAGAGGAUUUGGACUCAUUUUUUACCAGAAUGUACCGAUAUUACAUCCGGGGUGGCUUUUACCCAAUGAUAAUGUCAGACUUGUUCUCUCUUUUACAAUUUAUAUUUAUAGUGUGGUUCUCCACUUUCUUGGUACAUUGCGUAAACUACCCAAAGCUAUUUAGAAAUGAUGCAAGCGCAAAUAUAACCAGAAAGUUAACGUUACAAGAAGUAAUAUACUCCCCUCAAGAGUGUGUAACAUUUAUAUCAUGGAAAUGGUGGUGUCUUGUUGCACUGUGCUCUUUCAUUUGGUUAAUGAAAUUAGUCAUAUCAGUGUAUCAUCUCUAUUACGCUUAUGAUACAAAAUUAUUUUAUAAUCAUGCUUUAAAAAUUAGAGAGAGCGAUUUAGCGUGGAUAAAUUGGUCGACAAUACAAGACCGAGUCAGGGAGGCUCAGCCAGAGCACCACAUGUGCGUGCACAAGCAGGAGAUCAAUGAGCUAGACAUAUAUCACAGAAUACUCAGAUUCAAUAAUUACAUGGUAGCUAUGGUAAACAAAAAUUUGCUUCCACUACAGAUUCAUGUGCCUUGUAUAGGAGAUUUUCACUAUUUAUCAAGAGGUUUAAAAUGGAAUCUGGAAUUUUUGUUAUUUUUUAGUCCUUUUAGUCCGUGGGAGAAUUGCUGGCAACUCCGCGAGUUCUACAAGGAUCACUCCAAGCGAAUGUUGCUGGCACGACAGUUGGAGAAACAGAUUUUGUUAAUGGCGCUCAUCAAUUUACUACUAGCACCCCUCAUACAGGCCUGGCAGAUACUGUAUUUCUUCUUCAAUUAUGCCGAGUUGAUAAAGCGGUCGCCGGGGUCGCUGGGGCUUCGCACUUGGUCGUUAUACGCGCGGAUCACUCUGCGGCACUUCAACGAGCUCGAGCACGAGUUGAGAGAUCGGCUGAACAGAGCGCACAAGCCAGCCUCCAAGUACUUGGCCAGUUUCACGUCGCCCAUCACUACGGUUAUUGCCAAGAACGUGGUGUUUCUAUCCGCGAGUGUGCUCGGUGUUUUGGUGAUGCUCUCCGUGUACGACGAAGAUGUGCUGACUGUGGAACACGUGCUCACCAUCAUCACCAUUCUGGGGUGUCUGCUGGCCGGUGCUAGAGCGCUGAUCGGUGAAGAGGAGCGUCUGGGCAGCGCGGGUCCCGCGCGCGGCGAAGAGUUGUUCGUGCAAGUGCUCGGGCACGUGCACUAUCUGCCGGCCGCGUGGCGGGGCCGCGCGCACACCAAGGACGUGGCCGCGCACUUCCAGCAGCUGUUCCAGUUCCGAGCGGCGUACAUACUGUACGAGUUGUUGAGCCCGCUGCUCUGUCCGCUGGUGCUGCUGUCGCUGCGAGCGCGCGCGCUGGACAUCGUCGACUUCUACCGCAACUUCACCGUCAGCGUGCUCGGCAUCGGCGACGUCUGCUCCUUCGCGCAGUUGGACAUCCGUCGUCAUGGUCAUCCAGAUUGGGCCGCUCCUAAGAAAUACGGGGACAAAGCCAAAUGCAACGCGCAAUACGACCAAGGCGAAGGAGGCAAGACGGAGUUGUCUCUCGUGGCGUUCUCGUGCCGGCACCCCGGCUGGCAGCCGGCGGAGCCCUCGCAG